GUUAGGUCAGCUCUUCUGGCAUCACUGGAGUUUAUCAGCGAGGAAUUUAUCAACUAUCGGAUACUUUUUUUCCUACCACCAACAAGAAAAAGUCCACUUUUGGGGGAUGAGGCGUGUGCGUCUUGCAGGGCAGGUGCCGGUUUGAUGGAGGAAAGCCUUUACGCGCGGUCGCCAUGGCUUAUUAUCCCUUCCAAAGUCAGCGAACGGGUGCCUUGCCUUUGCCGGCCUUGCUUUCAGCCGCGCAAUCCUCCUUCGGCCCCACGCUGUGCGUCCCGGCUGUGGCGGCGGCGGCGUCCCGCUCCGAGGUGGAGUCCGAGGAGGUGUGCUCCGGGGCGGGGCUGCACGCGGCUCUGAGUCGGCAGCAACAAGCGCUCCAGUUGCGCUCCCUGAAGAACCUGCAGCCGGCGGACGGCUUGUGCGACGACCCCAAAGUGUCUCUUGAAUCACAGGAAUUAUGGAACGAGUUUCAUAAAAUGGGAACGGAGAUGGUUAUAACUAAAUCAGGAAGGAGGAUGUUUCCGCCUUUCAAAGUAAAGGUUGACGGACUUGACAAAACCUCCAAAUACAUCCUCCUCAUGGACAUUGUUGCUGUAGAUGACUUCCGGUAUAAAUUUCACAACUCUCGCUGGAUAGUUGCCGGAAAAGCGGACCCGGAGAUGCCGAAACGCAUGUACAUUCAUCCCGACAGUCCGUCCAAGGGAGAGCAGUGGAUGAGCAAGCCCGUCGCCUUCCAUAAACUCAAACUCACCAACAAUAUAUCGGAUAAACACGGAUUUACCAUUCUGAAUUCCAUGCACAAAUACCAGCCCAGGUUUCAUAUUGUGAGAGCAAACGACAUCAUGAAACUUCCAUACAGCACAUUCUUGACCUACGUUUUCCCCGAGACUGAGUUUAUUGCCGUCACUGCAUAUCAAAAUGAGAAGAUCACGCAGCUAAAAAUUGACAACAACCCAUUUGCCAAAGGAUUCAGAGAAACGGGGAACGGAAGACGAGAAAAGAGGAAUAAUCCUUUAAACGCCUCUCCGCCGGAGGAGAACAAAGCGUACUGCGCCGAUUCGGACGACUCGUGGGAACAACCCAAAACCGGCGACUCGUUUCACUCUCCUCUGGAAUCGCUGGCCGGGACAUCCGCGCCGAAUUGUGGAGAUGAGAACAACACCGGAAGCGAUUCGGAUAUUGAUCUUCAAGGUGAGGAUACGGGUGACGGUUCUCGGCCUGAAUUGUCAUCCGGGCUGAUUGAGAAGAGUGGCAAGAAAGCGCCGACGUCGUCAAGUGAGAACUUCUGCGGGGAAAGAGACUCCUCGCCCAGCCACGCGAAUCCAAUAAAAGAGGGCACGGCACCCGAAUUAUUGGACAAAGAGAGCUCGUGGACAUUCGGCACGGGACCUCGUCAGACUCAGCGGUGCCCUGAGCUCGGAGCACCUUUGCUGUUUGGCCAAGGAGAGUUGUCAGUCAAGACGGGGAUGCUUCACUCCACACGCAUGGGACAUCUGCUUUCCUCUUUCUCAGGAUUAAAUGACCCAGAACACAGAGGUGUAUCUUCGCAAAUCCUCGCCUCGCCUCCGCCAUUUAUGUUUCACCUGUCACAGCAUGUGUUGAUGCCACAGGGCCUGUCACUACCACACUUUGGAGGAUUGCUCUCAUACCCAUGGAAUUACGCAAGCACUCCAACUCUUCCAACUGGUUCGACAACCUCGGCGCUCCUUAGGAACCGCUCUUUUCACAGCGCAAUACCGUGGUUGCGGAUGAGCCCCUAUCAGAUCCCCGCCGCCGCUGCCGUACCGGGCCAAAAUCCGCCGAUGGCAAGUUCAAACUCAACUAAAUCGCAGCAGUAUGACCUGUACAGCCAAGAGACGUUGCCAACGGCUGAUAAUCCCACGCGAAGCGAGCAGACCGUUUCCAGUGACAAUUUGGAGACUUCUUCUGAUGGACUCUAAAGCCGAGGGCGUAGGUGUGGUGUCAACGUUGGUAGGGAUGAUAUAACAGUAUAACCUGUAUGUACACUUUUUGAUGGGGACGGGACAUUCAUAAGACCAAACAGAUAAAGUGAACAUUUCUCACAAAUAUGAACCUAAUUAAUAGAUAGGCUAAACUAGAUAUGUCCAAAGUCCGGCCCGGGGGCCAAAGGCGGCCCGUGGUCAAAUUUCAUCCGGCCCCCAGCCUCUGUCAUAAAAUCAAUAACAUCUGGCCCACACACAGACUUAAUAAAUUGGUCAGCAGUACUGCUACCAGCAUAUGAAGUAGCUUACACACUAAAUGCUGCUCUUCAUUUACCCACUAAAAGGCAGCAAUACUCUAAGCAACGUUACCCCGUGUGUCCAUUUACUCCCAAUUUUCUAAAAUGGCGACAAUCAACAACAACAAAAAAAGACGGUUGACUGCGACGGCCGACGAUAGCUGGAAAUUGGACGAUUUCUUCACUAAAAUACCCAACAACUGUGUCUGCCUUAUUUGCAAAGGGACUGUUUUUAGAUAGUUCAAUGUGUGGCGAUAUUACCAAACAAGACACACUGACAUGUACGACAAGAUUAUAAGGAAGCUAGGUAGUGAGAAAUUGAAGCAACUUGAAGGUAGCUUAACUUCACAGCGGUAUUUCGCAAGAGUCGAAAGACAACGCCACAAAGGCUAGUUGCGAGAUUGUUGAAAUUAUUAAAAAAUAAUAAUAAUGAGGCAAAUGUGACACACAGAAUGGCUUGCUAAAAUUUGCUUAACCCUAUAUUGCCAAAUGUAUCACAUUUGCUACACCUAAAAUUGAAUGAUUUUGAGACUAAUUCAGAAUUUUGACAUUUCUUUUUGAAAAAAAAAAUGAUGGAUGCAAGUCAACACAUGCAUUUGCAGGUUCCAUGAGAAAAACAAACAGGAUUUAGCAAGGGUUAUAGAUAUCUGAGCGCUUAUUACACAUAGUCAUUUUGACUUUUCUUUUUACAAAUUUGAAAAAAAUGUUUCAUUAGGACCUUAUUUUUCAAAUUUUGGGAUUCUCUGAUAAUUGCUUCAUAUUGCUGGCAUUAAAGGGUUAAAUAAAGGAUGUCAGCCAUUGUCCGCCCCCCACAUUUUUACCACAUCAAAUCUGGCCCCCUUUGCAAAAAAUGUGGACACCCCUGGGCUAAACGAUCAAUGUAAAAUAAAUCUGUAUUGACUUAUGCUAACUUUCAUUAGUAUUGGUUCAGGUGAUACAAUGUUCGAUUCUAACCUAAAGAACCAUUUUGAAAAUUUCCAGAAUAAAUGUCUGGAUUUUAUGAGCAAAGCCUAACCCUAAACAAUGAAUACAAACUUGUUUGUUAUCUCUUAACUAUUCAGGAAUGCAAAAAAUAAACCCCCACUCAACAUUGUCUGUCUAAAUCAGGGGUGGCAAAGUCCAGUCCUCGAGAGCUUGUUUUCCAUGUCUCCCUACUACAACACACCUGAAUUAAAUAAUCAGGAUGGUUAUCAGGCUCCUGCUAAUGAGCUGAUCAUUUGAGUCAGGUAUGUUAAAGCAUAGACUUCAUAAUAUAUUGGCGUGACACGGGGCGCAGGGUCGAUCUGUAUUUUCACAAACUUCAAAUAUUUACAAAACCAAAGCUGCUACCGACCUAAAACCAAAACAGCCGACCUAAAACCAAAACAGGCAUAUAUGAGUUUCAAUCAGCAGCGGCAUCAAAAAAUUCAAAGUCAUUCCCUAAUAAAAAUUCAGAUUAAUGAUUUUUUAUGUAAGUAUAACAAAACUUGAAAUGGCUAUAAAAUUCUCAGAUUUUACACUAGAUGCACAAAAAUCACCAAAUGUAGAGGUAAUCACCUAUAUUUUCAGUAUAUAUAGCAAUAUUUAACAUAUGAUAUAAGUUUUUGCCCAAAAUAGCAACUGU